AGUAGCGGCUGCGGCACAGAUUCACGCAGCAACCGUACUUAAAAAUAGGAAUAAAGAGUUUACGCGCAUGAGGAAUCACGUGCUGCACCUGUAGGAUGACUUUUAGUAACACAUUUGCGUAGCACAUGGAAUCUUAUAGAAAUCGUACGGGUGCGUAAAGCCGUGCCAUGCAGGGAAACAGCAGCGCGUUGGCACCGGGUUUAGCGGCGUGCGGACCGGCACUGGACGAGGGCGAUGCGCUGUCGAACCGGACCGCUCUCCACAACCUGUCUCUCCGCUGCUGGCUGCAGCUACUCUCCAAAGAGUCCGCGCCGGAGCUCUACGGCGACAGCUCGAGCAUGGCCAUGCGCGUCGUGAUCGCGCUCGUCUACCUGAUCGUGUGCGCUCUGGGGCUCGUCGGGAACCUGUUGGCGCUUUACCUGCUCCAGUCGCGCCACAGACUCAAGCAGUCGUCCAUCAACUGCUUCGUCAUGAGUCUAGCCGUGACGGACCUGCAGUUCGUCCUGACUCUUCCGUUCUGGGCCGUGGACACCGCUUUGGACUUCAGAUGGCCGUUUGGAAAGGUGAUGUGCAAGAUCAUCAGCUCAGUCACCACUAUGAACAUGUACGCGAGCGUGUUCUUCUUGACGGCCAUGAGCGUUGCGCGCUACUGCUCCUUGUCCUCAUCCUUGCGGAUGCAAAGUCCCAAAACGGCCUCGGCCGAGGUCAAGUGGGCCAGCUUGGGAAUCUGGAUAGUGUCCGUGGUUGCCACCAUCCCUCACGCGGUUUACUCCACCACGGCGCAGGUGUCCGACGACGAGCUGUGCCUCGUGCGCUUCUCGGAUUCCGGUAGCUGGGACCCGCAGCUGCUUUUGGGUCUCUAUCAAACCCAGAAGGUCCUCCUGGGCUUCGUGAUUCCGCUGGUCAUCAUCUGCGUUUGUUACCUCCUGCUGCUGCGCUUCGUUCUGCGGCGGCGCGUCAGUGGAAUUCCCGGCUCGGACAGCGAGAGAGGGCGGCACAAGCGCCGUUCCAAAGUCACCAGAUCGGUCACCAUCGUAGUUCUGUCGUUCUUUCUGUGCUGGCUGCCCAACCAGGCGCUGACCCUUUGGGGAGUGCUCAUCAAAUUCGACCUGGUGCCGUUCAGCAACGCGUUUUACAACGCGCAGGCCUACGCGUUCCCCAUCACCGUGUGCCUGGCGCACACCAACAGCUGCCUGAACCCGGUGCUGUACUGUCUGAUCCGCCAGGAGUACCGCACCGGCCUCAAGAAACUGCUGUUUAGAGCCACUCCGUCCAUCCGGAACCUGGCCAAGCUGGUGUACCGGGGAAAGAAGGUGGCGGAGGCUCCGCCUGCGGUGUCCGUGGUGCAGAUGGAGAUCGGGGUGUGAUGUUAUCAACGAGGAAAAAGCCACUGAGACUCGCUUGAACUUUUGAAUGCAUCUUUGUAUACCUCUGCAACGUGGAUUUGCAAUUAUCAGACAUUGCUGACUUGAAAUAGAAUAUCAAAAACUUCAAGGCAUGUUUUUUUUCUUUUAGUUUAAGGAAAUGUUUCUGAAUGUAUGUUUGUUUGGGUUAAUUUAAGCAGAUGAAGCAGUGAAGCAAAAACAAAUCAUUUUUAAAAAUUCUUUGUGAAAUUUAGUACCAUUGGAAAUGGUUUCUACAGAUUUUUUAUUUAUUUAUUUUUUAUUCCAGUAGGCCUACUAAUUCAUUGUGUUUAAGGACAUUUCUUAAUAAGCAUAAGGAUAAAACAAAAUGAGUAAAAAUUAACUAAAAAUUAAAUGCAUAUAUGUAUUUACAUUUAUUUUUUAUUUAAACUUUCCUAGAUUUUUCUUUUUCUUUUUUUCUUUCCUUUUUUCCCAAUACAAGUUUAAGGAAAUAUUUCUAAAACACAUAAGGGUGAAACAACAAAAUGACUAACAAUUAAUGACAAUAAAUGUAAUUAAUUUAUUUAUUUAAAUGUAUUUUUAUUGAAUGGGUGAAUUGAAGAUAUUGAUGUAAAAGCAUCAACAAGUGUUCAGAAUACAUGUUCGUCCUUCAUUACAUAAUAACACACACACUAUUUGUGCUAUUUCACAUAGUUUUGAUGACUUCUAUGGACUCUUUUCACAGACUGUGAUGGCACAUUUCCACAGUUGUUAUCAUUGUAAAUCAAGUUUAUUUUCUUAUUUUAAAAUAAUUAAUGUACAUUUAUAACACUGUACUUUGUGUCACAUCACCUUUGAGCUAUUUACGAUGACUCCCUUUUCUGAGAGCACAGAAAAUGAAGGGUUCGUUAUUGUAAAAUGUUGAUAACAGUUGUUAUAAGAAAUGAGAAGGUGUGUCCAAACUCCUGACUGCUAAUGUGAUAUGAGAUCAUGAUAGCUGAUUCUACUGCAUGGAAACAUUUGUUGUUCAGACCAUCCCAAACGGCCAACGUCUUCAUGGAUAUGCAGUGUUUCCAAAAGCUGAGCUUCAGAACUGUAACUCGCUCACUGUGACCGAGUUUAUUCUCUCAUGCUGGGAAAAAUAUCAAAUGAACUUUGCCGACCUUCAGAGGAAAAAGCCAUGAGGAGAGAAAGCAUUUUCUAAACUGUCCUUGAACCCUUUGUAUAGUUCAGUCCAUUUAUCAUCUCUGAACAAAUGCUGCUGAAUGCAGACUAAACACAAUCAUCCACACGAUAACUCUUUUUGAUGGAGUUUCAUAACAAUGUGUCAUUUUCAAGUGUUUCUCUCACAAAUGAAUCCACUUCUGACACAUCAUCUGAGUCAAGUGCAAUGGUUCACUUUGCUGAAUUGUACAGUAUAUGGCUCAGUGUAAAUAAAAACGU